UUGGCUUUAACGCAGCAGUUGCCGUCGCUCGUCGCCUGUGAUAUACGCGUGUGUUCGCGAUCCUCGCCAGGAUCAUUUAUUCUAUAUAUAUUUUUUGUUCAAUACGCUCCAAAGAUGAGCCUCAUGCUGCGCAACAGCUUCAAAGCUCUGCGGAAUAAUUUCUCCUGCAAUGCUUGGCGAGCAGCCAGUGCGUCAGGUCCACGACAGCCACUUAUAUCAGCCGAGAAGCGUUUGGACAACACCCAUCCGCAGUUUACGGAACGCAGUCAGCUGAAGUAUGCGCGUCGUUUGGUGGUCAAACUGGGCAGUGCUGUGAUCACGCGUGAGGACAAUCAUGGCCUUGCCUUGGGUCGUCUUGCCUCCAUAGUGGAGCAGGUGGCCGAGUGUCAUUUGGAGGGACGUGAGGUGAUUAUGGUGACCAGCGGUGCUGUUGCCUUUGGCAAGCAGAAGCUCGCCCAGGAGCUAUUGAUGUCGCUGUCUAUGCGUGAAACACUCAAUCCCAAGGACUCCAAAGAGUUCGAUGGUGCCACAUUGGAGCCACGCGCAGCGGCCGCUGUGGGUCAGUCCGGUCUCAUGUCCUUGUAUGAUGCAAUGUUUGCGCAAUACGGCGUCAAGAUAGCACAGGUGCUGGUGACCAAGCCGGACUUCUACAACGAGGAGACACGCAACAAUCUGUUCUCCACGCUCUCCGAAUUAAUUAGCCUCAAUAUUGUGCCCAUCAUCAAUACAAACGAUGCCGUUUCCCCGCCAAUGUUCAUACGUGACGACGAGCCCGCCGGCGGUGGCGGUGCCCGCAAGGGCAUACCCAUAAAGGACAACGACAGUUUGUCUGCAAUGCUCGCCGCCGAAGUGCAGGCUGACUUGCUGAUACUGAUGUCCGACGUUGAUGGUAUUUACAAUAAGCCGCCAUGGGAGGAUGGCGCCAAGCUGAUGCACACCUAUACAAGUGAUGAUAUCAACAGCAUUGAGUUUGGCAAAAAGUCAAAGGUGGGCACCGGCGGCAUGGACUCGAAGGUAAAGGCGGCCACCUGGGCGCUGGAUCGUGGCGUCAGCGUUGUUAUAUGCAAUGGCAUGCAGGAGAAGGCUAUUAAGACAAUUAUUGGCGGCAGAAAAGUUGGUACCUUCUUCACCGAGUCGACGGAGAGCGCCAGCUCGAUACCCGUCGAGGUUAUGGCCGAGAAUGCACGCACGGGCAGUCGUCAGAUGCAGGCAUUGAGUGCAGCCGACCGCGCUACGGCCGUUAACAAUCUGGCCGAUCUGCUGAUUAGCAAGGAGCAGUUUAUACUCGCGGCCAAUGCCAAGGACCUGGCCGAGGCACAGAAGAGCGGACUGGCCAAGCCGCUGCUGUCGCGCCUGUCGCUAAACUCGGCCAAAUUGAAGAACUUGUCAAUUGGCUUGAAGCAAAUUGCCGACGAUAGUCACAAGAAUGUGGGUCGAGUGCUGCGCCGCACACGCCUUGCCGAGGGACUGGAGCUAAAGCAGGUAACGGUGCCCAUAGGCGUGCUGCUGGUGAUCUUCGAGUCUCGCCCAGACUCGCUGCCACAAGUAGCCGCCCUGGCGAUGGCCUCGGCCAACGGCCUGCUGUUGAAGGGCGGCAAGGAGGCGGCGCACAGCAACAAGGCGCUCAUGGAGCUGGUCAAGGAGGCGCUGAGCAGUGUGGGCGCCGAGCAUGCCGUAUCUUUGGUGUCCACGCGUGAGGAGAUAAGCGAUUUGCUGGCCAUGGAAAAUCACAUUGACUUGAUAAUACCGCGCGGCUCGUCGGAGCUGGUGCGCAACAUCCAGGAGCAGUCGCUGCAUAUUCCAGUGCUGGGGCAUGCGGAGGGCGUUUGCCAUGUCUACAUCGACCGCCAUGCCGACUUGAAGAAGGCGCUGCACAUAGCACGUGAUGCCAAAUGCGAUUAUCCAGCUGCCUGCAAUGCUAUGGAAACGCUGCUCAUACACGAGGAUCUAAUGAGCGGUGAGAUUUUCAACGAUGUCUGCAACAUGCUGAAGCGUGAGGGCGUCAAAAUCUAUGCGGGCCCACGUCUAAAUCAGCAGCUGACAUUCGGGCCGCCCGCGGCGAAGAGCCUGAAGCACGAGUAUGGUGCACUGGAGUGCUGCAUUGAGAUUGUGCCGAGCUUGGAGGAGGCCAUUAAUCACAUACAUACAUACGGCAGCGGCCACACGGAUGUCAUUGUUACGGAAAAUGAUGCGGCGGCUAAACAUUUCCUUGGCAGCGUGGACAGCGCCUGUGUGUUCCACAAUGCGAGCUCACGUUUUGCGGACGGCUUUCGUUUUGGCCUUGGUGCUGAGGUGGGCAUCUCGACGGCACGCAUACAUGCGCGCGGCCCGGUGGGCGUCGAGGGUCUGCUGACCACCAAAUGGAUACUCAACGGCCAGGAUCAUGCGGCGGCGGACUUUGCUGAGGGCGGCUCACGCUCCUGGCUGCACGAAACGUUGCCCACAGAUUAGUUUUCAUAGCUGCUAAGUUACUCUAGAAACUCUUGUAAAUACCGCGUAUGUUAACGUUAACGCCACACUAAAUUGUAACGAAAGCAUAAUUAACA